AACAGGAUAUCAUUUUUGUAUUGGCAUUUCUUAUUCAAAUGCCAACAAAAAAACAAGAAAGAUAUUCAAACAUUUAAAAUAUCUUUUUAAUCUGAUCUUUUCUUUACAUUUUUUGCAGAGUUUGUUUCCAAGGUUUCCAAGGUAUCGCAGAACAAUUCGAUGAUAAGAUGCCCGUCUCAUGAUAAAAACGAACCACUUCUUCUCGGAUGACUGCCACCUAAUUAUCCUCAGCAGUUCGGGCGCAAUUAUAAACAAAUUGUCUUUCUUGCUCUGUAAACAUGAUGAAGGCAAUCGGGUUCAGCAGCUUGCUCGUCCUGGUGCAAAUUAGCAGUUCCACGCAUCUUAAUGGAAAACACAUCGUCGUUGGAUUGUAGAGUUCACCGGUUCAUCUCCAUGUAACGAGAAACGCAUCCGGACAUAUCAUGAAAAUGCAGGGCGUGGCCGUGAAUACUCUUAUAACUCUUUCACGACGAUUUAACUUCACGUACUCGAUUCUACAGGUGAACGAUAUACGCCUAGAAAAACAAAGUAACACGUUAUUAGGCUUGCAUAACUACAUGAAACAGGGCGUUUGGAUCGCGUUAGUUGUGAUAAUGCCUAUAACAGCCGUAGCAAUUUACCAUUUCUCUCGCCCUUUAAAUUUCAAAAAGUCAUCUGACAAAAGUCCGACCACCGGUAGUUCCCCAGAAAAAGAAGUUGUUUGUUCACAAAUUAACUCCAAAAUAAGCAAAGUUUUCUUUCACGUUUUCCGCGUUCUUAUGAACCAAGGAGGAAGCUUUCAAACAAUACGCCCGGCUCUUUAUUUUAUCGUGGGCUCUUGGUGUUUAGGUGCGAUGGUACUUAUUUGUGUCUACAACAGUAUACUGACUUCUUACAUCCUGGGAUCAAAUGCCAAACCUCUGGCUGAUUCAGCCAUUGAUGCUAUCGAAAAUUCAAAAGUCAAUAUUGCGGUUAACAAAGGAAACGGUGUAGAUCUUGUCCUAUCGGCUGCAGAAGUCGGAUUCUACAAGCAAGUUGGUGACAAAUUGCGUUCUAAUCCAAUAUCCCGCUGCGACACGACGGUGGAGUGCAUGAACCACGUGAAAUCUGGUUCUUACGCCUACCUACAUACAAUGUACACGGCCAUGAAUGUCAUCGAUGAAGACUUUAAAGCUACCGGAGUAUGCCACCUUGCUCUUGCUAGAACAUUUGAUCCAAUGCCAGGUUCACUGGCCUGGACACUACCCAAGAAUAGUCCCUACACCAGGCUCUUCAAUAUGGGAUUUAUGGAGUUGCAUGAGGCCGGAAUGAUGGAUCACUGGAUUGCAUGGGAACUUGAGAAAUAUAGAAAUGCAACUCGCUGUUUGCAAGAGGCUCUCAAAAGGCAACAACGUAAGGCAGCGUCCGAGAAGGAAACAAAAAUCACCUUAAAGAAUUUCUCUGGGCCGUUUGAUCUUUUAAUUGUCGGCUACCUCGUUUCUUUCGUUUUGUUCGUUCGCGAAAUUGUUCAUUUUAAAGUAAGCAAUUAUUGUUUAAAAAGGUCAAGUCAGAAAGUCACGACAGAGGAGAAUGAAGACGUUAAUGGAAAUGGUAAUUAAUACCAUGGGAAAAAGUCGUUGCUUUUUUGUUGUUGUUUUUGUUGAUACCUUUCUUUUGCCCCAAGAUACUGUACGCAUCGAGUAACUCAUUAAGAAGAGUAUUUCAUUACUUACAUGUAUCUACAAACAUGAUUAAUUCAAUGGCUAUUACCAACUGUUUAUGAAAUAAUAAUUAAUACACGUUCAGACAAAUU